AUGGCCGGCGGCGCCUCCAGCUGGGAGGGCGCCGACGGCACCAGCGAGGGGGUGUACGAUGCCUUCGUCGCCGGCCUGCGGGCCGAGGAGGAGAAGCAGGCGGAGUGGUUCAACACCUGCAAGCGCUGGAGGGACACCGGGGGCUGGUACACCACCCGGGGCGGCGGCUGCGUGGGGCUCGUGAACCUCAAGAACACGUGCUGGCUGAACUCCGGGCUCCAGUGCCUGAUGCACCUCAGGCCCGUGUGCGAGCACCUGCUGGAGACCGACGGGGGCGCUGGCGGUGGCAGCACGGGCUCCACGGCCCCGCCGGCGGCGAGCAGCUGCGGCGCGCAGCAGGGCAGCGACGUCCCCAGGAUGGCGGAGGCCCUCCGGGAGCUGCUCGUGAAGCUGUGGCAGGUGCGCAACCCGAGGCAGACCGCGGAGAACCCGGCGGGCCUCCACGGCCAGCUGAGGCUCGCCCGCGGGCGCGGUGGGGCACUCCGG